AUGGUUGCCUUCAAGUCUCUUCUUAUACUUCUUACGCUUGGCGCUGAGGCCCUUGCUGCAGCUGUAGCCGCACCUGCAUCAACCUGCUCCACUGCUCUCGGAACCAAAACUGUCAAAAAUGUCCCGACUUCUAGGGUCACUUCUGUUAAGAGAAUCACCAUUACGAAGAAGGUCAUUCGCAAGGUCAAUAUAAUUGUUGUUCCUGUAGCCAAGACUUCCACCAUUCGCACGAUAGAAACCUCUACAUCUAUCUCUACCGCUAACCAGGACACCAAGACUGCCACCAGCACUGUUAUCUCUGCUUCUACUGUUGUCAGCACGAGGACUUCGUGGAGCACCACUACCACCGUCACUUCAACCGUUACCACUAAAUUCAUUACAUCGACCGUCGCCAAGCCUGCUGGGUUUACCGAUAUCAACAAUCAACCUCUUACUCAAAAGCGAGCUGCGAAAAAGAGAGUCACAACAGUCACGACUGGCUUGCCUGGUGGCUCUAUGCCUCAGAGCGUCCGCUGUGUUAAGGAGGUCCCCAGCUACAGCACCAAGACCAUCACCACAACAGUUCAGGGACCACGCACUACUCUCAAGGCUGUCACAAAGUUCAAGACUAUCACUGGCUUCACAACUGUCACAUCUACAGAAUACCCAUCUGAUGCCAGUACUACUGUCACAACAACUGAGCGCCCCACAACGACUUCUUUCGUUGAUGUUACUUCGACCACGACUAUCACUUCAAGCGUUACCGUUGAAAGUCAAGUACCUCAAUUCACGGCAUUUGACAUAUGUUCAGAGGAGAAUAUCAUGUCUACUGCCAAUGGCGGCGCUCUCUACGGUUUUGAUCAAUUACAGGGUAAUGCCAACGCUAUGAGUGUGGGAGCAGGCCUGACCGCUCGCUCAUGCUGUCAAAUGUGCGCAGCGCACACCGACUGUCUGGGUACCUAUUUCAGAACGGUCGGCGGUAGUUGCAACAUUUACAUCGCAAAUGAGGCAAGUAUAUGUGCCAAUUCGGCUCAGCCGCUCAUUGCUCUGUUCCGUACAAGUCGGGAUCUGUCCGUGUCAGUCCUUCUCAGUAACGGUCCAUGUGGACAAUGGAAGAACGAUGGCGAUGCUACGCCAACGAGCAAUUGA